AUGCUGUCCGUCAAGAUGUUCUACGGCAACAGCGCCGACAUCGGUGUCUUCCUCAGCAAGAGGAUCAAAGUCAUCUCCAAGCCUUCAAAAAAGAAGCAGUCCCUCAAAAACGCAGACUUGUGUAUCGCAUCAGGGACCAAGGUGGCACUCUUCAACCGGCUUCGGUCCCAAACGGUCAGCACACGCUACCUCCACGUGGAGGGCGGCAACUUUCACGCCAGCUCCCAGCAGUGGGGCGCCUUCUACAUCCACUUGGAUGACGAGGAGUCAGAAGGAGAGGAGUUCACUGUGAGAGACGGUUACAUCCACUACGGUCAGACAGUCAAGCUGGUGUGCUCGGUCACGGGCAUGGCGCUUCCCAGACUGAUAAUCCGUAAAGUGGACAAGCAGACGGCGCUGCUGGACGCUGACGACCCGGUCUCCCAGCUACACAAGUGUGCCUUCUACCUGAAGGACACAGAACGCAUGUACCUGUGCCUUUCCCAAGAAAGGAUCAUCCAGUUUCAAGCCACUCCAUGCCCAAAGGAACCAAACAAGGAGAUGAUCAACGACGGCGCCUCCUGGACAAUCAUCAGCACAGACAAGGCCGAAUACACUUUCUACGAGGGCAUGGGCCCCGUGCACUCACCUGUCACCCCUGUGCCUGUGGUAGAGAGCUUACAGCUUAACGGCGGUGGAGAUGUCGCCAUGCUGGAGCUGACGGGACAGAACUUCACUCCAAAUCUGCGGGUCUGGUUCGGAGACGUUGAGGCAGAGACGAUGUACAGGUGUGCGGAGAGCAUGCUGUGCGUAGUGCCCGACAUUUCGGCUUUCCGCGAGGGCUGGCGCUGGGUGCGGCAGCCGGUCCAGGUGCCCGUCACGCUGGUUAGGAAUGACGGCCUCAUCUACUCCACCACACUGACCUUCACUUACACGCCGGAGCCAGGGCCGCGGCCCCACUGCAGCGCCGCCGGAGCCAUCCUGCGGGCCGGAAACUCCAGCCUGCUCAGCAACAGCAGCAGCCAGGACGCCGGCUCUGGCGUCUACGGCCCCAACAGCACCUCCAACGCGGGAGUCACGUCCUCGUCCUCCACCGCCGCGGCCGCUGUGGUCUCCUAACGCACACCGGGGGGGGGCCACAACACAAUAUGCCUUGAGAGGAAACGUAUCGCAAGGCGUAUAAAGACUAUGGGAAAUUAUAAACAAAACAAAAAAAACUGACUCACUCUUUUAAGUGCUGCGUUUGGAUUUUGGAUACAAAGGAGCUGAAAUUGGCAGGAGAAGGGAGCAAACGCAGGGAAAUAUCUGAAGGAGGAGCAACAUUACAACGUUUUCAGCGAAUGGGAAUACGCGGAAGAAAGAAAAUAAAAAAAAAAAGUGCUCCUUGCCACGCUCCCCUCCCGUGGUUACUUUAGGGACCUGCCUUUCCAGUUUGUGGUGCUUAGAAUGAGAGAAGUUCCUGCAGGCUCAGAGUACCAGCACCUUUCUACGGGGGGGGGGUUGGGGAAUAAACCACAACAACAAUACAUCCAUUGUGUACAAAAUAUUCUCUUGAGAGGAAAAGUAUAUUUUUUGCACCGCCCAAAGCCCCUCCCACUUUUUGUUUAUAAAUAUUUCUUUUUGUUUUUUUUUGGUUGUUUUGCCUUCUUUUGUGGUUCCCUAAAGGGCGGCUGGAUGUAAUGUUGUUGGAGGGAGCGCAAGGAUGCAGAGGGACACACAGAAAACAUGACGAUGAAAUAGUUUUUAUGGACCAAGGAUCUUGUAUAAGCUUUAGUAAAGGUACAUUUUUCUCCAUACCUUUUUUGUAUUAAACAUAUAGUACACUUUUGUUACCAAAUAGUUUCUAUUCUUCCUCUGAGCCCGGGCUUUGUUUCCCCCCUUUUUCAAGGUCCAAAAAACCCGGCCUGUAUGUUAUUGUGACCUUACAAAACGCCUGCUUUUUCAGUCUUUGGACUGACCUUUUUGUUGUUUUGAUACUCUUUGCUUCUUCUUUUGGGGAAAAAACAAAUCUGAA